ACUGCACUUGAGUCCUGCACAUAAUGAGGCAGGGACGUGCAGACAUCGAGGAAAAAGGCUAACUGGCAUCCUUCCGGCUAGCAACCCCCACCUGGCGACGGCGGCGGCGGGGCCAAACACAGGCGAGGGGAGCUGGCGCGCCCUCCACCGUUCACCUGCUGCCCGGGGACGCCCUCACGCCGCCCACCAACACGCCCCGCUGUGAAGCUGGAGGAGGAGGAGGAGGAGCGAGAGCGUGGCAUGUGAGGAGGAAGGUCGCGGCGGCUCCUGCAGGCUGAGCGAGGCAGGGCAAAGAGCAGCGCGAUGUCAGACUCUGAGGAGGAGGCAGUGGAACGGCAGGUGAAGAUGGUGCUUGUGGGGGCGCCGCAGGUGGGCAAGACUUCCCUCGCCCUCAGGUACACACAGGACUCCAUCAACAAGGUGUACCAGGCGUCGAUGGGGGUGGACUUUUACCUGAAGAGGCUGGUGCUGGGGAACGAGCGGAACGUGAACGUGCAGGUGUGGGAUGUGGCGGGAUCAGCGCUGUCCGGCAAGAUGACUGACAAGUACCUGUAUGGCGCCCACGCUAUUCUCUUCGUGUACGACGUCACCUCCACGUCCAGCCUGGAGGCGCUGCAGCCGUGGGUGACGACUGUACGCAAGGCCGCCCGCUCCCAGGAAAGGCCACCCAUCCAAGCCCUGGUGGCGAACAAGGCUGACUUAGAGCACGCCAGACAGGUGAAGAGUGACCGCCACCACAGGUUCGCCUCCGAGCACGGUAUGAGCUCCUACGUGGUGUCGGCUAAGACUGGCGAAGGCGUGUCACUUACUUUCCAGAAGCUGGCGGCGGAGCUUCUGGGAGUGCGGCUGACGAAGGCGGAGCAGGAACAACAGCAGCCUGUGGUCACGGCGGAAAUCGUCACUUUCCAAGAGGCGACACUCCCGAAGGUCCCCGCCGUGACCACCAGCAGCUCCUCUUCGGUGUGUAGAGUCAUGUAGCAGCUGAUGCCCUCGCCUCCCGGACACCAGAUCGCCGCACCCCUCGCCGACACACGGAUACACGGACAUGAGGUUGUGGUGCCCUGUGAGGUUACUCGUGAUAUGGACACUGUUAUUAUGGACUCUUUUCCUCCUUGUGUCCGAUGUGGUGACGGUGUUUGGUGAUCGCAGUGUCCGGGUGGUCCUGAAGUGUCCAAACUCUAUGCUUUAAUUACCUGUGGCUUUUGCCGCGCCGCUGUGCUAAGGUUACAAGUGGAGAGUGUGAGUGUUAUGUGAGUGGAAUGUCAUACAGAGGCCAAAACACAGGACAUACAAACAGUAACACAACACAAACGCCUUAUUUGCUUAGCGGCGCCACGGGGGCUGCGGGCGGUGCCAUCGGCGGCGGCAGAGGCGGCGGUGGUGACGUGUGCCGCGGAGGCCUGACCCUGAUGAGGCAAGGCGAGAGACUGUCCAGGUGUGUGAGGUGGAGGUGUGUCUUGUCCCAUGCAGGACUGUGAGGAAAGCAAGAAGGAUAACGCUGACAAGCAGGCCAUCUUUGCCGUUAUUCCUCGCGCGAUGUCUGUUAUGAAUUCCUCACACUUGCUCUCAUGUCAGUAAAGAGGCAUCUGUUAUAUAGUCGCGGAUUAUCGCUGAGUAAUUAACUAAACUCUGAAUUGGUUGUUUCCUCGCGUUUCUUCUCUUUUAACGGGAGUCAUCGAGUAACUCAACAUCAACAGCUUUGUAGUGACUCAAACACGCCAGUCUUCAUACAGUAUAUACAAGGUGCUCUGUAAGGUAUUAAUUCUUCAUGAGAACCUGCUUUCAAUUUGAGCGCGGAGUCUCUAGUGCCGCUGUCUCUCCUGUGCCGACCAGCUGGACAAGGAAGGCGCCGGUGAAAUCCUUGCGUGGAAGAUAUUAAAACACACACAGCCACGUGCUCGAGUCCUGGCAAGUCUUUUUUUUUUUUUUUAUGUAAGAUGGAAAAUCUGGCCAAAGGCAACUAAAACGACUAAACAAAAAUGCCCACCUAGAAGCCUUGUGUCUAACUUCUUGCUUAGCGCGCGGCCAGCCUGCGAUGUGCCGCACUGCAUCACUUUUGAAUCGUUCGCUUUUCUCCAUAAUCUUUUCCUGCUGCGGCUGUGACCCGAUGCUAAGAUGCUGUGGUGCACUUGACGCAUCUCACCCACCGUUGCUCCACUGUAACUCAAACCAGGUGGUGCUGUGAUGCUGAGGUGAUGAUGUGCUGGUGGUGUUGUGUUGUGCCGCCCGCCGCCCUCCUGACGUAACAGCCGCCCACGCCUUGAGCCGUCCACGCCCACACCAACACAUGUCCAAACACUUCCGUCCGCCCGCCAGCACCACGAGGGUCACUCACCGACUCACCAAACAGGACUGGCGCCGCCCACACUCAUGGCACCACUUAAGUUCAAAUGUAAUCAGAGGACAUGAGAAGGAGAGGGAGAGAGAAAGAGAGAGCGAGAGAGAGAAAGAAAAAAAGAACAAAAUAACAAGAGAACAGUUUCCACAUGGCCGCUUACGUUCAGUGCUAAGAAAUUAAUGUGCAAAAUUUCAAAGUAAUUAUUUUGUGCCUCCGUCGGUCGUGUUAAGGCGCUGAAAAUGUUGAAUGCCUGACCUCAACUACUCACAACAGGUUCUAAAGGGAGGUUUCUGUUUUCAAGAGGAGAUUUAAUGAUUCCAGUGACCGUUCAACAGGCUCGUGUGAAAGUUAUCAAUUUUCAAGCGUUUUCAUGAUUUUUGUGAUAGUUUAGCAAGGACUCAACACUGUCAAUCAAAAUAAAUACCUAAGAGAGCCAGACAAAUCAUCUCUGGCCUUUCAACACCUUCAGUAUUGGGACACAUUUCUACACUGAGAUUUGUGUACGAUAAGGCCAUUUUAUUGACAUUAGGAAGGGUCUAUGGAGGUCAGAAGAUUAAUGGCCAGAGUCUUCAUUAUUUCUAACCCCGACAUAAGUUUCUGAAGCUGUAGAAAGACAAUAAAUGGUAAACAGAAUGAAUAUGGAAGCACAUCAUGGCACUGAGGGGGUUAUCAGGUUCUGUGGAAGUUAUCAAUUUUUCAAGCGUUUUCAUGAGUCUUGUGAUAGUUUAGUAAGGAUUCUGCGCUGACAAUGAGAAUAAACACCCGAGAGAACCAGGCAAGUCAUCUGUGGCCUUUUAAAAAUGUUCCUGUUGGAAGCAUGAAUAAAAAACACUUGCCUUGCCAUUCAACAUAAACCAGUGGCGAAGGCUAUCACUCUCCCCUCCACCACCUACACACACACACACACACACACACACACACACACACACACACACACACACACACACACACACACACACACCUCCUUUAAAAUAUUCCAAUCAAUCCACUUCAUUCCGUCACCGUCUCGGGCUGAGCGGUGAGCGGCGCCUCUCAGCCUCCUCUUUGUUUACCCUAGGCCUGACUCCAUCUCAAACAUGCCAUAACAUAACUUUCUCCGGUUUCCUCUCAGAUUCCAAGCCACUCACUUACUGUUUCUAUUCGCGGCGCUUCAGGUACCGCCCCUCUCUCGUUCCCUUAGCGGUGAUUACGUCAACUGUAGCUCAUGUUGUGUUGCCUUCAGGGUAAAUUUGUAUAGUUUGUUUUUCUUUGCCUUUGGAUAGUGGAAGAUUUUUUUUGCGUUCCUUUUUACGCUCCCUCGCCUUCACUGACUUGACAGAAACAAUCAUUCCUGAGAGUUUGAAUGCAGUAGUUAGUCUCCUUCAGUUGUUGAAGAAUCGAUCUAUGUAGGGAGUAGAUCAAUAAAGAGGAAGUAUAUUGGU